CUAGUUAGACGCUUAAAGCUGUCCAGCAGCACCCUUUUAUAGAAACAAACAGACCCGUGACACACUAUUUAUGUAUCUGUGUAAUACUGUGCUGUACACUGGCAGGGUUUAAGCAAUAGCAAGCUGCUGCAUUCACUUUGGGGAUCAUGUUCUGAUUCUCAGAAUCACUUGAUAAAAAUCCAAUCUUUCAGGUUUAUUUCAUCUGGGUCUUGCUUUUUUCAUAGUUUCAAUGGCUUCUUCAAUGUUAAUUGGUGCUGAUAAUCUCGCCCUUUUCAAACCCAACUCAAUUUCCCCAAAUGGGCUGGCCUCUGUUAGGUCAGAUUUACAUGGGAAAGCCCAGUUUCCAAGAAUUUCCAUGGUUUCUUGUGGUAAAAAUCCAAUCUUUAGGCACAAGAAUUUGGUGACCCAGUGUAAUGUUUCAGCCUCAAGGCCUGCUUCACAGCCAAGAUUCAUACAGCAUAAAAAAGAGGCAUUUUGGUUCUAUAGGUUCUUGUCAAUUGUGUAUGAUCAUGUUAUUAAUCCUGGGCAUUGGACUGAGGAUAUGAGGGAUGAUGCACUUGAGCCGGCUGAUUUGAGUGAUAGGAAUAUGAUUGUGGUGGAUGUUGGGGGUGGUACCGGGUUUACGACAUUGGGUAUUGUGAAAAAUGUGGAUGCGAAGAAUGUGACUAUUCUUGAUCAGUCCCCUCAUCAGCUUGCUAAGGCUAGGGAAAAGAAUCCGUUGAAGGAGUGCAAGAAAAUUGAAGGGGAUGCUGAAGAUUUGCCGUUUGAAACUGAUUAUGCUGAUCGAUAUGUUUCUGCAGGGAGUAUUGAGUACUGGCCGGAUCCACAACGUGGAAUUAAGGAAGCAUACAGGGUUUUAAAGCUAGGAGGGAAAGCUUGCUUGAUUGGACCUGUCUACCCAACUUUUUGGUUAUCUCGGUUUUUUGCAGAUGCAUGGAUGCUCUUCCCGACAGAGGAGGAGUACAUUGAGUGGUUUGAGAAGGCAGGAUUUAAGAAUGUACAACUAAAACGAAUUGGCCCAAAAUGGUACCGUGGAGUUCGUCGACAUGGUCUGAUAAUGGGAUGCUCUGUCACUGGUGUAAAACCUGCAUCAGGCGAUUCACCCUUGCAGAUGGGUCCGAAGGUAGAGGAUGUGAGUAAACCAGCACAUCCAGUUGUUUUUCUCAUACGCUUCAUUCUCGGGGCCCUGGCAGGAACUUAUUACGUAAUUGUUCCAGUCUACAUGUGGCUUAAAGAUCAGGCUGUUCCAAAGGGUAGACCAAUAUGAGCGGAGAUUCUGAGUGCAUUUGGCAGGGUGGAUGGUGGAAGGGUAAUAGCUGGUGGAGUUGCUUGUAAACCUUUUCAAAUUAAAUAAUAAUUUAUGGGACUUGUUUGGAUUCUGUUUGAAUUUUCUUCAUUACUGGAACUGCACUCAAGAGUAAACUUAUUCUGAUUUAAGUUUCUGCA